AUGCUCGGAGGAGCAGAGCGGUUGGGGUUUAGGAGAUCGAAGAAGGUGAAUGGAGCUGCAGAAUUCAAUUCCCAAGUCAGGCAGAAGCACGUAAGGCUGGAUCUGAGCGCGGGCGUUCCUUUGACUGCGGCACCCGAAAGUGCGGAGAUGCCGCGCCAACCGUACGGUCCCCGGACUCGUGACUGGCCAGCUCGUGACCAGCAGACUCGUGAUUUGGUGGCUGGUGACUCAUUGGAUACAAGCCUUCAGGUGGGGUGGAGAGAAGACGAAAGCGGAUUGGCGGAGUGCUUGAACUGCAUCAGCGAAUGGGCCACUGGUACAACUGACAUAACUCAAGCAGGGCAUAUUAUACCACCGCAUACAUCAAAUGGUACAAAGCAGUGGUGA